UCAUCAAUUUGAGGUUAAAAAUGCAUUUUGUCAAAUGAAAGAUUGUAAAAAAUGAAAUUUCAAUAAACUACUUAAGAAAUGCAUUUUUAAGUAUCGUAUUUUAAGUAACAGUGAAUUAUAUUGUACAUUUUAAUGUGUUACGUUACUCAGUAAAGACUAAAACAUGUUUUCCAUAUGUAAACAAACUCACCCUUCCACAGCAAUAGAAUUUUGUAUAACUUGCCACUUCUAUAACAAAAGAGAAAAAUGUCUAGUAACAGCAGGGGCAAAUGUUCUGAAAGUAUUUCGUAUUAUACCGGACGUGGAACCAGGCUCCAAAGAGAAAUACUCAUAUGCACGUCCUCCAAAAAUGAGGCUAGAAUGCCUGGCAUCUUUUCAAUUGUUUGGCAAUAUCAUGUCUUUGCAAGCUGUACGCUUAUCAGGAAGCCAGACUGAUGCACUUCUAUUAAGCUUUAGAGAAGCUAAAUUGGCUGUUGUGCAAAUGGAUAUGAUAACAUAUUCUUUGAGAACUCUUUCUCUUCAUUACUUUGAAGAUAGUGAUAUUAAAAAUGGCUGGACAAGUUGUCAACAUAUUCCAACUGUGAGAGUUGAUCCUGAUAAUCGGUGUGCAGUCAUGCUUAUCUAUGGAAAUAAAUUGGUUGUAUUACCUUUCCAUCGAGACAGUCUUUUGGAUGAAAUGGAUACCAUGGAAGCAAAGCCAGUACAAAAUCCUGUAACUGGCGGAACAAGUAAAUGCUCUAUUUUAGCCUCAUAUAUGAUAGAACUUAAAGAAUUAGAUGAAAAAAUUGAUAAUGUUAUUGAUAUUCAAUUUUUACAUGGUUACUAUGAACCUACUUUAAAUAUACUUUAUGAACCAGUAAAAACAUUUCCUGGCCGGAUAGCUGUUCGUACAGACACUUGUUGCAUGGCAGCAAUAAGUAUAAAUGUGCAGCAGAGAGUACAUCCUAUAAUUUGGUCUUUGGGAGGUUUACCAUAUGAUUGUUGCCAGAUUGUAGCUGUUCCAAAACCCAUUGGUGGCUGCUUAGUCUUGGCUGUUAACUCUAUGAUCUAUCUUAAUCAAUCUGUACCCCCAUAUGGAGUUAGUGUGAAUAACAUAGCAGAUCAUAGCACCAAUUUUCCAUUGAAGCCUCAAGAUAAUGUGAAGUUCAGCUUAGAGCGUGCUUGCUGUGUUUUUAUAUCGCCUGAAAGACUGGUGCUAUCUGUAAGCUCUGGUGAGUUGUAUGUUGUAUCUCUUUUUGCUGAUAGUAUGCGCUCCGUAAGGGGUUUACAUUUUGCAAGAGCUGCAUCUAGUGUUUUAACCACUUGUAUUUGUGUCGUGGAAGAUGGUUACUUGUUUUUGGGUUCUAGACUUGGAAAUUCUCUUCUAUUAAGAUUUACUGAGAAACAACAAAAUACAGUAAUAUCUAUAGAAGAUGAUGAAACUGAAGAAGUCUCAGCAAAGAAGAGAAGAUUAGAUACUGAAGAUCCACAGAUGUUCGGGGAUUUAGAAUUUGAAGUAUAUGGAACAGAAACUAAAACAGCUAUGCAAUUAGCUAGUUAUGUUUUUGAAGUUUGCGACAGUUUAUUAAACAUUGGUCCUGUAGGUUCUGUAGCACCUGGAGAACCUGCUGUAACUAAUGAUGAACUUGCUGGACCGGACCCUGAUAUUGAAUUAGUAACAACAUCAGGUCAUGGGAAAAAUGGGGCCUUGUGUGUUUUGCAAAGAUCUGUUAAACAACAUAUCAUUACCACAUUUACAUUGCAAGGCAUAGUGGAUAUGUGGACUGUAAUGAGUGAUGAUAAAAUGACUGAAAAUGAAGCAAGUCAUGCAUUUAUGAUAUUAAGUCAUGAUACAACAACUAUGAUUCUUAAAACUGGCAGUGAGAUUAAUGAAAUAGAUGAUACAGGUUUUCAGACAAGGGCACCGACCGUUUUUGCUGGUAACUUGGGAAAUUGCAAAUAUAUUGUACAAGUCACUACAAGAAGUAUAAGAUUGCUUCAAGGUUCCAGGUUGUUACAAAAUAUUCCUUUAGAUUUAGGAUGUUCUAUUAUACAAGCUUGUACAUCUGAUCCUUAUUUAUGCAUCUUAAGUGAACAAGGUCAAGUUAUUACAUUGGCAUUGCGUGAUGUCAGAGGUGUUGCACGUCUUGUCAAUAAUAAAAAUUCUAUUGGAGCUGUACCUAGAGUUUUGUGUAUGAGUUUAUAUAGAGAUAUAAGUGGAAUGUUUACUAAUACUCUGAGUGAUUAUGAUGAUUUCAGUAGUGCACCAACUUUUCAGAGCAGAAGGACCAAUAAAAAGCCAAGUAUGAAACCAGAAAAUGAAGAUGAUUUAUUAUAUGCUGAUGCCAGUAAAUAUGAGUUGCCCACAUUGGCAGAUAUGGCCCAGCAUAUGCCUGCUUCGUCUUCAAUUGAUACAUCAUGGUGGAGAAAACAUUUGCAAGAAGUGAAACCUUCAUAUUGGUUGUUUGUAGUUCGAGACACUGGAAAUUUAGAAAUAUACUCUAUGCCUGAUUUACGUUUAAAUUUUCUCAUUCGACAUGCAGCUCAAGGUUUAAAAAUGUUAGUAGAUUCAAUGGAAUCAGUUCCAUUGAUCAAGGAUGUAGUAACAUUUCAAGAACAAUCAUUUGGCAGCACAGUUUUAGAUUAUGGAAUCAAGGAGAUAUUGAUGGUUGCUUUAGGUAAUCAUGGCAGCAGACCAACAUUGAUAAUCAGAUUGGAUCAUGAAAUUUUAUUGUACCACGUUUAUAAAUAUCCCAAAGGAAAUUUGAAGCUUAGAUUCCGAAAAAUUAAUCAUGCUAUAAUAUUACCAAAACCGGUAGAAAUAGAGACCAAAAUUGAUGCUGAAGAUAUGUACAGUAGAUCUAAGCAGUAUUUAACAAAAAUGCGGUAUUUUAGUAAUAUUGCUGGAUAUAAUGGAGUCUUUUUAUCUGGCGUAAACCCCACUUGGCUAUUUUUAACAGCCAGAGGAGAAGUUAGAACACAUCCCAUGUCCAGUGAUGGUGCUAUAGAAACUUUGGCUGCAUUUAACAAUGUGAAUUGUCCAAAUGGGUUUGUGUAUCUCAAUUCAAAAUCAGAACUUAGAAUUUGUAUUUUACCCACUCAUAUAUCAUAUGAUGCUCCAUGGCCUGUUAGAAAAGUUCCUUUACGAUGUACAGCACAUUUUGUUGUAUACAAUUUGGAAUCCAAGACAUAUUGUGUUGUUACUAGUCAGAGUCAACCUUCACAAUCAUAUUAUAAAUUCAAUGGUGAAGACAAAGAAUUAUCUGAAGAAAACAAGGGUGAAAGAUUUUUAUACCCUAUGCAAGAAAAAUUCAGUAUGUGCCUAUUUUCACCAGUUAGUUGGGAAGUAAUACCAAAUACAAAAACUGAUCUUGAUGACUGGGAACAUGUUACUUGUUUGAAAAACGUAGCACUGGCUUAUGAAGGUACAACAUCAGGUCUCAAAGGAUAUAUAGCUCUAGGUUCCAAUUAUAAUUACAGUGAAGAUAUUACAUCCAGAGGGCGUAUUUUAAUCUACGAUAUUAUAGAAGUCGUUCCGGAACCUGGUCAACCUCUAACCAAAAAUCGUUUUAAAUUGGUAUAUUCCAAGGAUCAAAAGGGACCGGUUACUGCAAUAACCCAAGUUCUUGGUUUUCUUGUAUCAGCUGUUGGCCAAAAAAUAUAUUUAUGGCAACUUAAAGACAAUGACUUGGUUGGUGUUGCUUUUAUAGACACCCAAAUCUACAUACAUCAGAUGCUUAGUAUAAAAAGUCUUAUUUUAGUAGCAGACGUGUAUAAAUCUAUAAGUUUGCUACGGUUUCAAGAUGAAUUCAGGACUCUGUCAUUGGUAAGCAGAGAUUAUAGACCUACUGAAGUUUUUAGUAUAGAAUACUUAGUAGACAAUUCAACAUUGGGAUUCCUUGUUUCUGAUGUAGAUAAAAAUUUAGUGACUUACAUGUAUCAACCAGAAUCACGUGAAUCUUGCGGCGGCCAAAAGCUUUUAAGAAAAGCUGAUUACCACUUAGGCCAGCACGUGAACGCAUUUUUCAGGAUACGAUGCAAAAUCGCGGAUGGCAUCGAUUCGCGAAAACAUUUCUCAGGAUCGGAUAGAAGGCACAUUACAAUGUUUGCAACAUUAGAUGGUGGUCUGGGAUAUGUGAUGCCACUUCCAGAAAAAUGUUAUAGAAGGCUCUUUCUUCUACAAAAUGCUAUGAUGACGCAAACCCAACAAUUAGCAGGUCUUAAUCCGAAAGCUUAUCGAACUUACAAAUCGUCCAGGAAACUUCAUGCAAAUCCAGCCAGGUGUAUUAUUGAUGGAGAUUUAGUAACUUCGUAUGUGAAUUUGACGGCUAGCGAUAAAUUAGAAGUCGCUAAGAAAAUAGGCUCAAAAAUGGAAGAUAUUUUAUAUGACUUAUCAGAUAUAGACAGAAUGACUGCACAUUUUUAGAUUUGUUUUUUGUUAACAGUAAUUAUUAAUUUAGGUGAAUACUGAUUUAGUUAAGUGUGGAACUGUUACAAUUAAUAUGCAGGAAAUAUCGAGUUGCAACUAAUUAUAAAAUUUAUUUAAGAUUUUGAGAAAUAUGUGUGUACAUUCAAAUGUA